AUGUCUCUCCCCUCGAAGACCCAGUCCUGGAAGGUCACCGACAUUCGAAGCGACAACUUUGACGGACUUCAACUGAUCGAAGACGUUCCCGUAAGCACCUUAGGCGAUCAUGACGUCCUCGUCCAGAUUGAGGCCGUUUCCCUCAACUACCGAGACCUGGCCAUCCCCAGAGGCCUAUAUCCGUUCGCAAUGAAGACGCCUGUUAUUGCGGGCUCAGAUGGCGCAGGCACAGUUUUGGCUGUUGGGCCCAAGGUGAAAGGCUUCAAUGCUGGUGACAAGGUCUGCACCUUGUUCAACGAACUGCAUCAGACCAAUCCUAUCACACCCGAGGCCGUGGGUAGUGGUCUGGGCGGAGCCGUUGAUGGCACUCUGCGCAAGUACGUCGUGUUCCCUGACCAUGGCCUGGUCACUGCUCCAUCGACUUUGAGUUCCAUUGAGGCUAGCACCUUGACUUGCGCGUCUUUGACAGCUUGGAAUGCUCUUUUCGGUUUGAAGAAGCUGAAGCCGGACGACUGGGUUCUGAUUCAAGGGACCGGCGGGGUCAGCCUGGCUGCUAUUCAAUUCGCUGUCGCGACAGGAGCGACAGUCGUUGCAACUACAUCUUCUAGCGAAAAAGCCGACAUCCUGAAGAAGAUGGGUGUCUCUCAUGUCAUCAACUACAGAGAGGUUGCCGAAUGGGGAGAUGCCGCCAGAGCCCUUACUCCAAAGGGACUUGGCUUCGAUCAUAUCCUCGAGAUUGGCGGAGCAGCCACAGUGGCCCAGUCUUUGAAGGCAAUCAAACUCGAAGGCCUCAUCACGAUAAUUGGCUUCUUGACUUUCGCUGAGAAUGACAAACAGACAAACUUGAUGGAAGCUCUGAACCAUAUUUGCACUAUUCGGGGCAUCUUCGUCGGGUCUCGGGAACAGUUUGUCGAAAUGAAUCGUGCCAUCGAUAAUUGGAAGAUCAAGCCUGUUGUGGACACUAAGGCCUUCCACUUUGGAGACACGAAGAUGGCGUAUGAGCGCCUGUGGAGAAGGAUGAACUUUGGAAAGGUGGUUAUCAGGAUUUGA